CCUCACAUAUCCAAAAAUUUUAGAUUUUUUUUUUGUAUACGCCAUCAUCUAUAUUCUUUAAAAUGGUUUUGGAAAAAAAUCAUUUGAUAUAAUUAAGAAUAUUUUACUCUCUCUCUUUUUUCCAUUCUUAAUUUCUUAUGUAGUUUGGUAAAAGACGUUUCUAAGCCUUACUUUUUAAAGAAAAUUAAUUCGCCUGAGAAAUUGACUCAAAUAAUCUAAGGUAUACUAGCAUUUAUGUUGUAAAAUUACAUAUAUGUAAGUGCGUCCCAUUGAUUUUGACCAUUAAGGUACAAAAUCAUUAGAAACUAUGCACAACCUUUUUCUCAACUCAGUCGUGUUAUCUCUUGGUCUCGUUUCCUUCAUCACAUGUUUCACAGCCGAGUUCAAGAGAACAAAGAAAGAAGAUAUUCGAUGGGACACGGAGAGGAACUGCUAUGUACCCGAAAGCCAUGCGUUUGGGCUUGGAUCAGCCGCUGUGUUUUGCUUCUGCCUUGCUCAGAUCGUUGGAAACGUAGUUGUGUUCCGAAAUCACCGGACAAGAACUAAAAGAGAAGAUGGUUACAAGAUUACUGAUCUUACUUUACCAACUGUUCUAUUGCUCCUUUCCUGGUCCAAUUUUGUGGUAGUGAUUUUGAUAUUGAGUACUGCAAUAAGCAUGAGCCGAGCUCAAGCUUAUGGAGAAGGAUGGCUCGAUGAAGAUUGUUACCUGGUCAAAGACGGUGUCUUUGCAGCUUCAGGCUGCUUAGCCAUCCUUGGACUUGGAGCUUUGACCAUAUCAGCCACCAGGAUUAAAUUAAAGAAACAACAACAACAACUUGUUCAAGUCGUAAUCAAAGACCAAAACCAAGAACAGAGAAGAUCAAUGGAAGAAGAACAAAACCAUGAUGAGCACCAAAAGAACAAGUCAGAAACUGUCAUUCACUUGGUGGAAGAAGUGUCUUCCACUAAUAUAAGCAGAAUAUAAAAUAAAUAUAAUACGAAAAGUAAAAAAGGAAAUAUCGGAUAUGUUAUUAUUUACAAAGUUGUAUAUAAUUGGUUAAUGCACUUAUUGAAUGGACAUAACACCCAUGAACCACUUAAACAUAGGAUACCAAUUAAAAGAGUGUCGUGAUA